AUGGACUCCAAGAAUGCGCAAGUCAAUGAAGUGGCUGUAUCGCCAACUCUUCAGCCAAGCAACGAUACCAGCAAAGAUGCCGUCACUCAGCCAAACAUUUCGCGCAUCAGUCGCGUCUCAUCAAUCUUCAUGGUCCUCGUCGGUGGCUUAGCUCUAUUCUCAGACGGCUACAAUGCGCAGGUCAUCGGAUACAUGAACCCUUUAUUCGCAGAGCUAUAUCCCGACGCAUUUACCCCUACUAUCAAGACUAGACUGUCGAAUGCUUUCCUUAUUGGGGAAGUGUUUGGAAUGCUGUUUUUCGGAUGGGGAAUCGAUAGACUGGGUCGUCGGACUGGCAUCGUCUUUGCGACUCUGUUUUUGACCUUGGGAAUCGUGUUAGCCACUGCAGCGCGCGGCAAAACUCCGACAGGCUUAUUUUGGAUGUUAAUCGUCUCCCGCGGCGUCGCGGGAUUCGGCGCUGGAGGAGAAUAUCCGACUUGUGGUACUGGCAGUGCCGAAGCCUCAGAUGAAACUGUCUUUGUAAGACGCCGUCGCGGCAUGCUGGUUGCUGUAGCCACAGACUUUGCCAUCGACCUCGGUUUCGUAAUGGCCGGCGUCAUUGUGCUCAUUAUCUUAGCUGCCUAUCAUCAGCGAAUUAGCGAUGGGGUUUGGCGAGUUUCUUUCGGCCUUGGCUUCAUCCUUCCUGUCGGUCUCUUGUUCUUUCGUCUUCGUUUGAUCAAUUCAACUCAGUACCGAAAGCACUCUAUGAAGGAUAUUCCAUAUUGGCUAGUCAUCAAACGUUAUUGGAAGCCCAUGCUUGGAACUUCACUGGCGUGGUUCAUGUAUGACUUUGUUACUUAUCCUUUUGGCAUCUUUGGUUCAACCAUCAUUGGAACGCUGAAUCCCAACAACACCCUUAUCCAAAACAUUGGCUACGGCACUGUUCUCAACUGCUUUUACCUGCCUGGGACAUUAAUAGGAGGUCUUCUAAUGGACAAAAUCGGACGCAAACAAACCAUGGCACUGGGAUUCUUCUUAUGGUCUAUCCUAGCAUUCAUCAUUGGAGGCGAUCUCAAUCCCAUAACCAGCGUAUUCCCGCUCUUUGUUGUCUUAUACGGCAUUUUUAACACUUUGGGAGAAAUGGGUCCAGGUGUCGGCACUUUUCUUUGCGGCGCAGAAUCAUUUCCCACCCCUGUGCGAGGCCAUUUCUUGGGCUUUGCUGCCGCUGUUGGUAAAGCUGGAGCUGCCAUUGGCACGCAAGUUUUCACUCCUAUACAAAACUCCUUCUCAGAUUCCCAAAAGGGUGUUCAAGGUGUCUUUCUUAUCGGAGCUGCUUUUGCCAUGGUCGGCUGCCUUAUCACCUGGUUCUUGAUUCCUGAUGAGGAGAAAGACCUUGAGAGUGAAGAUGCUCGAUUCCGUGCUUAUCUUGAGGAAAACGGCUACAAAGGUACUUUUGGGGAGUCGGUAGACGCUGAGGUUAAAAGUACUGCUUUCCAUACAUAA